AGGAUGUUAAGGCCCAUGUUAUUGACCACCAGAUCACGUCCACUACUGAUCGCUGCCAAAAACAGAAUUCCUCUUCAACGGCAUCAUCUCUUCAACAGAUCUCCCUGCUUCCAACUUGAAUCCAAUCGAUUUAACUCCCCAAAACCCUUGGCCCUCCCUGCAAUGUCCACCGAGGAGCCACAGUUGCAAAAUGGAGCCAAACCUGAACCUAUACCAGAACCAAAUUCCGUACCUGAGCCUGCGCGGGCAUCAGGGCCUGAACCGCAGGAAACCUCGGAACCAGAACCUGAACCGGCAGCAGUGGCAGUAGCGGAUGCAGAUCCCAAUACAGAGGAACCGAGAGAUGCUUCGAUCCAAUCGAACGAAGUGGAUAAACCUCAAUCCAACGAGCAAGAUGCACGUCCCGAGCUGCGAAAAGACGAAGGGAGCAGAACUUUCACGAUGAGGGAAUUACUUAGUGAAUUGAAAAGCGAAGAAGGAGAGCAUUCCAGUACUCCUCAAAGUCACCAAGGCACACCGCACUACCAAGCAGAGCAAAAUAGUGCUGCAAUGGAAUUGAUCAAUAGUGUUACAGGUGCUGAUGAGGAGGGUCGGUCACGCCAACGGAUUCUUACAUUUGCUGCCAAGAGGUAUGCUAGUGCAAUAGAGAGAAAUCCGGAAGACUAUGAUGCACUGUACAAUUGGGCAUUGGUUCUUCAGGAAAGUGCAGAUAAUGUUAGUCCAGAUUCUACCUCACCUUCUAAAGAUGCUUUGCUUGAGGAGGCCUGUAAAAAAUAUGAUGAAGCUACCUGCCUCUGUCCUACACUUCAUGAUGCCUUUUACAAUUGGGCUAUAGCAAUCUCUGAUCGUGCAAAAAUGCGUGGUCGUACAAAGGAGGCUGAAGAACUAUGGAAGCAGGCGACAAAAAAUUAUGAAAAAGCUGUCCAACUUAACUGGAACAGUCCCCAGGCACUUAACAAUUGGGGUCUUGCUUUGCAGGAACUCAGUGCAAUUGUUCCUGCACGUGAAAAGCAAACAAUUGUCAGAACUGCUAUUAGCAAGUUUCGUGCAGCAAUACAGUUGCAAUUUGAUUUCCACCGAGCAAUCUACAAUCUUGGAACUGUUUUGUAUGGAUUAGCAGAGGACACGUUAAGAACCGGGGGUUCAACCAAUCCUAAAGAUGUUUCCCCCAAUGAGUUGUACAGCCAAUCUGCUAUCUACAUCGCAGCUGCUCAUGCAUUGAAACCAAAUUACUCUGUAUACAGCAGUGCCUUGAGACUUGUGCGUUCAAUGUUACCAUUGCCAUAUCUUAAAGUUGGGUAUCUGACUGCACCACCAGCAGGGGAACCAAUUGCACCUCAUAAUGACUGGAAGAGAUCCCAAUUUGUAUUAAAUCAUGAAGGGCUUCAACAGGUUAACAAAUUAGAGCAAAAACAAACUCAGAGCCUCUCUGGUAGACCAGAUGUGACAAAUAGCGAAAAAAGGGCUAUUAAAGUCAAUGUACCAGAUAUUGUUUCUGUAUCAGCCUGUGCUGAUCUGACUUUGCCACCUGGUGCAGGCCUUUGCAUUGAUACAGUUCAUGGACCAUUUUUCUCGAUUGCUGACUCAUGGGAAUCCCUGGAUGGAUGGCUGGAUGCAAUCCGUCUAGUUUACACAAUCUAUGCACGGGGUAAAAGUGAAGUCCUAGCGGGUAUUGUCACAGGCUGAUUAUAUUUAUUAUUACAUUCAUGACCAAUGCAAUAUACUUGUCAAGAUUUAUGGUAUUCAAAUUUGGUCAUUUGAAUAAGAAUUCUGUAUAUUCAAAAUUUUGGAAUAGCGUGAGGUUUAUCAAAUAUUCACUGCAUUACAUAUUGAGCGUAGAUUGUUUUGUUUUA